AUGUCUACUAACGACGAUACCGAUCAGCGUAUGGAUGAUGAUUACAACGGGCCACACGCCCAAAGUAGCAUGCCUCUCCCUGUUAACCCAAAUGCGUCUACAACGGAUAAUACAACAGCUAAUAUUACUGAGUAUCCGUUGAAUUAUGCUGAUACCAAUAGUCCAACCGAUGGCGUACAGGGACUACAAGAUGCACUUACGGAUGAUGAACAAUCAUUGGUUGUAUUGGAUCCUAGUCAUCCCCUUAUGGCUCGUUUCCAAGCGGCUCUCAAAGAUCAUUUACAAAAACGUGAAGAAAAACUAAAUAUUCAAUUACGAGAAGCUGAUAAUGAAUUAAAACAAGUUCGUGACCAACGUGAAAGUCUUGGUGUUGAAUUAUAUAAUUUACAACAAGAAUUAGCUCGACAUCAAAUGUUAUUAGAAAAAGAACAUGAUCGAUUUGGUGAAAUUAAUCAAGAUCGACAGCGUCUAGAAGAUGAACUAAAAAAAACAAAAGAUAACUAUUCAAAAAAGAAAACUGAUCUGGAUACUCAUAUGAGACAAGCACUUGAUAUUCAAAAAGAACGCGAUAUAUUACGAUUACGAUUACAUUAUAUGACAAAAGCAAAAAGUGAUAUACGUGGUGAUAUUGCAACCAUGAAACGGGCAACUGAAAAAGUUGAUACAGAAGUAACAAAAAUUGAAGCAGAAAAACAAUUACAAGAUUUAUUUGUUGAUCGGCUUGUUGAACAAGCAGAUAUGCUUCGUGAACAAAUUGCCAUGUAUGAAUAUCAACUUCGUUCACAAAUGGAAGAAACAAAAAAUAUUAAACAUACAUUAACAGAAGCUCGUCUUGAAAUGGAAACAUUAGAACUUGAAAAGAAACAAUUGAUGCAAAAUUGGAAUAGUUGUCUUAUCGGUAUCAGAAGACGAGAUGAAGCUCAGGCAACAAUGGCUGAAGCUGUUAGAUUACAGUUACAACGUAUUGAUACAAUGAAUACAGAAAUGGAAUCAUAUAAACGUUCAAUAAUUAAAGAACAAGAAUUAAAUGAAAAAUUAACAUUAGUAUUAAAUCGUACAAAAUAUGAAAUACAAAAUUUAGAAAGAUUAUUACAAAUUAAUAAUGAAAAAUCUGAAACAAUUAAACAAGAAGUAUCAACAUACACAAAAGCAUUAGAAGAAACACAAGCAAUGUUAACACGUGUGAAUAAUGAAAAAGCUGAAAAACAACAUGAAUUAAAUAUUAUUCGUCGAGAAAUAGAAAAAGAAAAUCAAGAACGUGUUAAAUUAGAAGAUGAUAUAUUUCAAAAAAAUCAAGAACAAUUAACAGCAGAAAAAGCAGCUGAUUAUAGUUCAAAAUUACGAUUUAAAUUAAAAGAAUCUACUCGAGAAAUUGAACGAAAUUUAUCUAAAGUUGAAAAUGAUAUAGCACGAGCAACACUAGAAAAAACUUAUUUAAUUACAAAUAUAAAACAAUUAGAAAUUCAAUCAAAAGAAUAUAAUGAAUUAAUAAUGGAAAAAAAUCAAAUUAUUAAUAAAAGUGAACAAGAAAUAAAACGUCGAAUUUUAUUAAUUGAACAAAAACAAAAUAGAAUUGAUUUAGAAAAUAAAAAAUUAGAAGCAUUAAAAGAAAAAGCGGGAGGUGUUGAAUUGGGUCCACUUGAAUUAGAAGUAGUUAAUUUACAAAAAACAAUUGGUCAAGUAAGUCGUGAUAUAUUUGAAUUAGAACAAGUUUGGUUACGAGAACAAAAUGAAUUAGUACGUUUAACAAAUGAUAGAGAUAAAUUAGAAAAAGAAACAGAUGCAAUGAAAUUAAAAUAUACAAUAUUAUCAGCAAGAAAAUUACGAACAGAAAGUCAUAUAAGAAAUAUGGAAACAGAUUGUUCACAUUUACGUCGUCAAAUUGAAUUACUUCGAUUAGAUUUGGAACGUUUAAAUAAAAUGAUUUAUAAAGAAAGUACAAAUAAAACAACAUUGGAACGAAGUAAUAUAUUAUCAGAAAGUGAUUUUGUUCGAGAAUUGAAAGAAGCUGAAAAAGAUGCCAUACACAUGGAAGAAAGAUUAAGUGAAAUUCGAAAAGAACGAGAGAAUUUAUUAGCAAAUUUAGUUGAAGCAGAAAAACAGAUUAUGUUUUGGGAACGUAAAAUUCAAUUAGCAAAAGAAAUGAAAUCAGCCGUUGAUUCUGAAACAGGUCAAGGUGAAAUUCGUGCAAUGAAAUCAGAAAUUCAUCGUAUGCAAGUUCGUUAUGAACAAUUAUUAAAACAACAAGAAAAAUUAAUACGUGAUAUGGAAUCAUCUGUAAGUCGACGUGAUACAAUUGUUACACGUGGUGAAUUUCAACAAAAAUUACCACAAAAUCGAGCAGUAAUGCAAAAUAAUGUACAACGAAAAAUAGUAGAUUUACAGAAAAAAAUUCGUGAAUCAACACAAGAAGCAGUAUAUGUAGAAAAAGAACUUGAUGUACAUCGUGCUAAACAGCAAGAACAAGUGAUUAAAAUGGAAGAUAUUCAACGUGAAUUACGUCAAAAACAAGCUGAAAAUGAUCAGUUAGAAGAACAAGUCGAUAAUUUAAGUUCGCAAAGGAGUACAUUAUUAAUAACAUUAUCUGAAAAACAAUUACGUGCAAGAUAUUAUGAACAAAUAAAAGAUGGUAAAUAUAAACCACAAUUGAAAUCACCUGAUUUAUUAGAAAGAGAAAAAGAGAAACAAAUUGAUCGUCUUCAACGUUAUCUAACAAUAAUACAACGUUUAAGCGAAGUAUAUCCAAGAAUGACAAAAGAAUUAAAUCAUAUUAAAGAUACUAUUCAAGCUAGAAUUACUAAUCAAAUGACGAGAAAUGUUUUAUCACCACAACAACCAGAUGAAACAUCGGCAAGAUCAUGA